AGGAUAGGGUACUUCAAAUACUUUCUGGUUGUUUUGAGCUAGCAAAUGACGUAGAUGUCCUUAUCAAAAGGUCUCUUAUAUCAAUUUCAGAUAACAUUGUUUGCAUGCAUGACUUGCUACAAAAAAUGGGCCAAUCUAUUGUUCGUCAACAAUCUCAAGAACCUGGCGGACAUAGCAGGUUGUGGCUUUAUAAGGACAUCAUCCAUGUCUUGAGAAAUAAUACGGGAACAGCAGAAAUCUCAGGCAUUGUCCAAGACUUGCCUGAAUCAGAAUGGGCUGUGUGCCACCCCGAGGCAUUUUCUAACAUGCUUAAUCUUAAAUUGCUCAAACUGCAUAAUGUGCGCCCUUCCGAAGACCUAAGAUGUGUUCCUCAAUCAUUGCGAUUUUUCGAAUGGAGAGGUUAUUCUUUAACAGAUCUUCCCCCAGGUUUCGUACCGCAUAAGCUUGUAGAACUUAGCAUGUGUCAUAGUAGCAUUAAACAACUUUGGAAUGGAACAAAGAAUUUUGACAGCUUGAGAGUGAUGAAACUAAGUCAUUCAAAAGAUUUGACAAGCACCCCAGAUUUCAUAACGAUCCAAAAUCUUGAAAGACUAGAUCUUGAAGGAUGCGAGAGUCUAGUUGAGUUUCACCCAUCUAUUGGAGUUCUCGAAAAGCUUGAGUUCUUGAAUCUUAAAGACUGCAAAAGUCUUGUGAACCUUCCAGAUAAGUUUGAAAUGGCAGUACUUGAAAUUCUUAUUCUUUCUGGUUGCUCAAAGGUUAGAAAGAUUCCUGAGUUCGACAGUCGUAUGAAUCUAGUAUUGGAACUUUCUUUAGAUGGAACUGCUAUUGAAGGUAUACCUUCAUCAAUCGAACAUCUGAGUAGCCUUUCAUCAUUGAGUUUAAGAGAUUGCAUAAAUCUAAAGAGUCUUCCAAGUACCAUUGGCAGUUUGAAGGUUCUUAAAAGUCUGCAUGUUUCUGGAUGCUCAAAACUAGCUAAACUUCCACAGACCCUUGAUAAAUUAGGGCUUUUGGAGAAGAUUGAUCUAAGUGGAACUGCUAUAAGAGAUUGGUCGUCAUCCAUUGUCCUCCCACGAAAUCUGGAAUCAUUACAUUUUCGUGGAAAUACUUGGUCAUCACAACAGCCAUGGUAUAUUACCCUUUAUUAUAAAAUUUUUCCAGUGAAGAGAUCAAUCUUGCCUCCUCUAUCAGGGCUGACUUGUCUGAGAGAAUUAGAUUUAAGUAACAGAAAUCUUUGUGCAGAAGCAAUACCCAGUGAUAUUGGUUGCUUAUCCUCUUUGUUAUCACUUAACUUGAGUGGAAACGAUUUCAUCAGCCUUCCAGCAAGAAUCAGUGAACUUUCGAAGCUAGAGAAUUUGUACUUGAGUGAUUGCAAAAAGCUUCAACAACUUCCAGUCCUCUCAUCAGAUAAAACUUUAGAAGUAACUGCCGAUGGUUGUACUUCAAUGAAUGAGGUGCAGUACCCUUCCAAUUUGAGGGGAUUGAAUUGCUUAUUUUUCAAUUUCAUCAACUGCUCUGGAGUUGUUCACAAAGACGGCUUCCAUGAGAUUACCUUCACUAUGCUGCUCCAAAGAUACCUUGAGGGAACCUCUGAUUCAGGAGAUAGAUUUGAAAUUGUAAUACCUGGAAGUCAUAUUCCUUGGUUGUUCAGUCAUCAAAGAGUGGGGCCUUCAGUAAGUGUAGACCUAAAUUCAGGUUGGAAUGAUAAUAAGUGGAUGGGAUAUGCUUUAAGUGCUGUUUUUGAAGUUUUCGGCGGUGGAUGGGAGCUCUCCUGUGUUUUAGAAGCAAAUGGAAAACAAGAGUACCCUGCGCCUCUAUUAUCAACGGAUGUCCAACCUGUUGGCGAGCAUCUUUGGCUAUUCUAUGUGACUCGUGAUACAAGCUUUGGUACAAGCUUUGGUACAGGGUGGCAAAACAGUUGCAACAAUUUGAUGUUUUCAUUUAAAAGCUCAGGCCUCUGCUACGUAAGGAAAUGUGGUGCCCGUUUGAUAUAUGAGGAAGAUGUGGAAGGCUUCAACAAAAUGGUGACCCGAUCCAGUAGAAUUAGGUAGCUGAGGUAGACCACCAGUGUCUGGCGGGAUUCUGAAAAUCAUUCAUUUUAUUUUCUGUAGUAAUUAUUUCCUGUCCCAAAACACCAUGUGACGCUGUCAUGUGGUCCAAACCUCUGUUUAAAAUAGCUUAAGGCGUCGCGUGGCUUCUUCAUUUCACCUCAAGGCUCCCUCUGAAAGGCUUUUGUCACAAAAGGUGAGGUAAAGGUGCGCCUCAGCGACUUGAGGCGGAAAAGGCGCUUUGAGGCGUUGCUAUUGUGUGUGGUUUUUUUCUCUACCCUAAAACUACAUUGUUUUGGUGAAAAUCCAAAAUGAAAAAAUAACAUUGUUUGACUUCCUUCAAUUCAUUCAUGAGCAACUUCUCUCAUCUUCUCUUUCAGAUCAUGGUAAAUGAUUUUAUGUUGUGUUUGUCAUUAACAAUCUAGACAUUAUGUUUGUGAUGUAGCUACUUAAAUUUCAAUUUUAUAUGUAUUAAUUAUUUU